UUCAUCAAACGUUUUAGACAAAUUUCUGAAAAUGAAAUCGAUUACAAUUAUAUUUUAUAUCUGCGUGGCACAUUUUCCAUCCAUGAUUGAAUCCAUAUCAGAAAAUGAAGUUGCACAGUUAAAUCAACAAUUGAAUGAUAUGGCCACAAACAAUGAAACUAUUGGUAUUUUUAAGCCAUCGCAAAAUGGAUAUCUUGGUAAUGGUGCUCACACUCUUAUGUACAAAGGUACACUACUCUACCCAGAAAAUUUUGAAGUUGCCAUGAAAUUUACACCUAUCCACGAACGAGCACAUGCUGAAAUAAAGAGUCUUACGGGAGUAAGACGAACUUUUCCGCACGGUGGUAGUUGCGUAUUUUAUUAAGAAAGUUCAAAAUAAUAUUUGUUCGAUUUUUCAAGCCUUUCAAGCGUCGUAAAGUUCGAAACCAAACAAUAUGUCUCAACUUUGGCAACGAAAUAUUCUUUAAUUUAAUAGCAGAAGUACCCGAGAAAAGAUUUUUAACACUUUCAUGAUGAACCCAUUUGUGCGGCAUUUGAAA